AUGACGCUACGCGUGUCGAUACCCUACUUCAUGAGGAAGUGCUUGUCGCUGAUCUGCAGCUAUGUCCAGCUCGGGUUCGAGGACGGUAACGCCGAGGCGGAGUUCCGCGACUUUUUCGAGCAGGUCCAAAUCGCGGGCGGGGUAGACAAAGCGACGCUCGCGCCUGCGCUCGUGACUUCGCCUCUUGAGCGUCAGGCAUACGCCGAUCAUCUCAACGUCGCCUCCAUCGUCCUUAUUCCGCUCAGCAUCGCCGCGGAUGACCCGCUCUAUGCCAUCUUCUGCAUGGCGCUGAGCCUGGGCAUCCUUUCGGCCGGCGGUGCUGCGGCGGCCGGCGGGAGACCGCGGGGAGUAAACUACGGGCGUAGUUUACUCCCCGCGGUCUCGACGGUUAUCCACCUAAGCACGGGUCGCCUCCACCUCUUUGCCCAAAAUGAGAUUUGUGCAGCGGUUGCCGUCUUCAGCUUGCACCUCAACUUUUUGGACAAGCGCAAAAGCCUCUCUGUCCUCGCCUUGGCUUCAUUCGGCGCGCUGCACGUCGCGCCGCAGCUGAAGGCCCACGUGGCGCUCGCCACCUUCUACGGCACAAUCAUCGGACACAUGACCGAAUACUUGGUGGACGCGGCCAAGCGCGUGCUGCAGCAGCUCACGCAGAAGAUGCACCUCGUCGAGGUGCUCCGCAUGAUGGAGAUGGGCAGCUACGAGUCACGGUGGACCCUCCUCGCCCCGAUGGCGCUUGUGGACCACCGCGAGGUGGAGGUGCUCACACACUGCCCACCGGUUUUGAUCGACGAGAUCAUCUACAACUACGUGCUCACGAAUGUGAUCGACAACGCGCAAAAGUAUGGUACCGAGAGCACGAUCCGUUGGCACCUUUGCGAGGGCAAGCUCACAACGCAAAUGCGCAGCCGCAACCGGCAAGGCACCACCCCGGUCACGCCCGAGCUGGUCGACGCCGUCUUUAGCGGCCAGCAGGACUUCUCCAUGGCGUCGCGGAGCUCGGGACGCGGCCUCGUGGGUGCACUGCGCGCGUGCACACACCUCGGCGGAGCGCUGGAGAUCGCGGGCGAGGCAGGCGGGUGGACUUGGACCUCCUUCUCGCUGCCAGCCUCGCCCGGCGCGGCACUGCCGGCGGUGGUGUCGGAAUUCACUGCUCUGGUGGUCGACGACGACGAUUUCGUUCUUGACGUGGCGUGCCAGUCGAUUUCGAGCAUGGAGGCGGAUCCGCCUCGACCCAGCCUGAGCCAUUUACGCUCGCCUGACGUGGGAGGCGUGCACACGGCGGGGCCACCAGCGUUGAGGUUAGCAUCGAACGUUCUGCGAACGUUUGCAUAG